AUGGACAAGAACAACGACAACAGCCCAUCGAAUCUGUGGUCUCGUCGAUCCAAGUAUGCAAUCCCACAUGCCCUCAACAGCAGCUCGAAACCCUCCCUCUCCGUUAACAAGAACGAUCGCCACGACUCUCGAGACAGCCACGACACACCCUCUAGCAAACGAUUCGGCAGCUUAAGUAGCCACGGGAAGAACAACCCUUUCAACUCGAUCGGUCCCAUAUCCACAUCCUCUGUCGCUUCCCCGACAGGCUCUGGGGCCUCUUCGGCCUUUGGCCUAGGCUCAGGCGCUUUUGGUUUCGGCAGCGCGAGUAAGACUCCCAAGACACCUGGCGCGACCUUCGAGUCGAGCAGGUCAAGCAGCGACAAGAAGGACUCCUCAGACGAGAACACAAAGGACAGCAGGAGACCGCCUGCGCGCAAGUCGCUUUCUACCCUUCGCACUCCUAGUGCGGUUGCGGAGCCUCCUCUACCUUCUGCGAAAGAGCCUGCGGGAGCGUGGCCUCUCAGGAAUACCUGGAUAGUAUACUACCGACCACCAACGAGCAAGAAUAGUGACUACGAGAAGUCUAUCAAACCUCUCUGUAGGAUUCACACUGCGCAAUCUUUCUGGACGGUGUACAGCCACCUCAAGAGGCCAAGCAACUUGCCUACAGUGAGUGACUACCACUUCUUUAAAGAGGGGAUUCGACCGGUAUGGGAAGAUGAGGAGAACAAGAAGGGAGGCAAGUGGACAAUGCGCCUGAAGAAGGGCGUGGCGGACAGAUACUGGGAGGAUCUCCUGCUCGCGAUGAUUGGCGACCAGUUCGCUGAGGCCAGCGAGGAGGUGUGCGGCGCUGUCGUCAGCGUCCGGUCCGGCGAGGACGUCUUCUCAAUCUGGACCAAGAACGACGGCGGUAGGAACGUCAAGAUCCGCGAGACGAUCAAGCGGGUUCUCUCACUGCCGGGAGACACGAACCUCCAAUGGCGCAGUCAUGACGAGAGCAUCACCCAGCGCCACGCAGUGGACCAAGCCCGCCAGGACAAACGGCGCAACACGAUCGUUGCUGAAAAGGAGGGCGGCGAAAACAACAAGUCCACGUCUUAG